AUGCCCUUUCCUUAUGAAGUCAUCGCGGGGCAUCGGACGCCGGAUUUAGGCCCCACGCCAGAAACUCUAAACUCUAAACGCCGGCAGUGGCUUCCGAUUUCUCCUUUCCACCUUUCCACCUUUCAUCAUCGCACCCCGUCUCAGAACAACCGUGCCUGUAAUCGUGCGGGAUGCUUUGCGACAUUUGGGAGCCCAGCGACAAUUGGACUGGCAUAUCUGAUCAAGCGCGAAGAAAGAGGUAGGAGACAUGGAAAAAAGGGCGACCAGGCAUCAUCGAGUUCAGGAGAAUCAGAUGACAUGGGCGUGAUCUGCACGAUAGUCAGAGACACGGCCAUCAAACAGCACGAGGCUGGAGCUGAAGCCGCCAGCCUCAGAGGUGCUUAUAGAAACGACGAGAGCAUUUUGACUACGCUAUUGGCCGGAUGCAAGCUCAUCAGGCCAAAAGCUUUACAUAUACUCGUGCGGCUUCGAGUUCUAGCCGCCCUCGCUCACAAUGCCUCCUGCAUGGGGUUCCCUCCAGAAGGCUUGUGCCGAGCAGACUACGUCUCACCGUAUAAUUCCUACGGCCCCUUAAUGCCCUCUCAACCACGCAUGGCCAGUUCAGCCCUCCAGCCCACUCCUUUACAAAGAACGGUCCUUCACCAUCCCUGGAUCGAUCUUUUUCCUUUCCCCCGACUGCGGGACAACGUUCUCGUCGGGAUCGCCAAAGGCGAUCUGGACGACGACGAACUGUGCGCUGAUAUCUUGGAGGUCAAGGACGAGGACCUCAGCGACAAGCCUUCGCUAAUUGUAUGGGGCGAACCCUGGGACUGGAAGGCGUGGGAGGCGAACGAGGACUUCUUUACGAACGGGGUGAAGAGAGGCUUGUAUUUGAAGUCUGAGCUCAGCCCGGAGUCGAUGGCGUGGUUGUCAAGGCACUGUAAGCCUAGAUUACGGACAAGAAAGAUUUUUGCCAAAUGGGAUACUUCCGAGUUUUCAAUUUGCAUUUCUUUUGCUACUUGUUGCAUUGGAAAGCUUCAAUAUGUUCUUCUUGAGGCUUAUGAGGAUAUCGAUGUAAAUGUUCGUCGAGUGUACGUGUCAGGCUUCCAAGGACGAUGUUCCAUGCAAAAUCGUCAGGCCGCGCCUCGUUGGCCCGUGGGCACGCGAUUGAUUGAAAAUAGGAGUUGCAUCUCCGCAGGCAACUCCGCAAGAUCUCCGCACCUCCAACAUCUCAGUCUUCUCGACCACCAGAGGAUUAGUGACCUGUUUGGCUUCAACAACCCAUCAGCUCACCAUGGCCCGCAGAUCGAAACAAAAGUCCUGCUUUGCUUGUGUGGAGGCAAAGAGGCGUUGCGACCAAAGUCUCCCGGCCUGCUCACGGUACAAGCGCAUAUAUCGAGCCAUGUCAGCUCGCGACUGGGAUCCGGAUGGGAUAUCGAGGCCUCGUGGCCAGGAAGCAACAUCGACAAUAUCGGGGUCGUGCUGGAUGAGGCCCUUUUUGCUCCGGUAUCCGCACCCGGGCCGGCAGCACAUAUCGCCGCAACGACGAUGACAGCCACGUCGUCUUCCUCCACCUCCUCCGCCGCCAUGAGCCAGAUCACCUCCGAUAGCGCUUCGAGGCCUGAUGUCCCCAACGCGGAAGGCUUGAACUGGUUUCUCCAAUCCACCUCCUGGACCAUCGACUACCAACGCGAAGCGCCGGUGUCAAUUCCGCCAGCCGCAGUCUUUACCAACUUCAUCCGUGGACUGCAAUCUUGGCUCGUCCGCUUCCUCCACAAGGGGUGCAAUCCCUUCAUCCACCAGCACCUGUACUCCGAGACGACCAUGCCCCAGUGUAUCCAGGAUGCAUACGCAGCUAUUGCUAUAGCACAAACCAUCACCCCGGAUAACGAGCACGUGGUAGACGCGGUGUCGUCGAAUUACAUCAUGACCCUCUUAGCCGCCAACUCCGCAGACGAGGCUCCGUUUCUCCCGAUUCUCUCGACAAGGCAACACCUAGCGCGCACUCAGGCUCUUUUGAUCCACCUGCUCUUGUGCCUCUUCUCCCCGUCAAUACCUCGGAGAAGCAAAGCGGAGAACUUGAUAGACACCCUGCGUCUCUGGGCCCGCCAGCUGUGGGAGUCGGCAGCGCUAGAUGCAACGACGUCUCCAGUUUUUCCCAACUUUCUAUCGAGGAUGUCAUGUACUCAAACCAUUGAGACGGACGUAGUCACCAGCUUGUAUCAAGCCUUCAUCCUCUCCGAGUCCAUCCGUCGCACGUUCCUUCUUACGAGUAUGGCUACGGGGGUAUACACCAGCCUGAAAGAGACUUGGACUCAUGACUGUGCCGGUGACGUCUGUAUCACGCUCCGCGGCGAACUCUGGGAAGCUUCCUCCCCUGCCCGCUGGGAAGCCGCCGCGCGGAAAGAGGACCCUUUAUUUCUGCAUAGCCUAAAGGGACAGUCUCUGGUGGCCCGAGGAAUUCGGGCUGCUGAGGUUGAUGAAUUUGCGCGGCUGAUGUUCACUCUUCUAUGGGGAUUGGAAAAGGUGGAUCAGUGGGUUGUGAGCACCGGAGAUUGUGUUUCUGUAAACUAUGGGACUUGUGUUUGA